CUUCGAUCGCACAAGUUCAGCGUUCAGCCACAGGGUCUGCAAUGGAAAUCGAAUCAAAGAUCGUUCUCCCAAGAGAACUUCAUGAUCUCUCUGCUUUCAUUCAAGAAAAGCCCGAGUCUUUGGCAGCUGCCACUGCUGAGCUGCAUGCCAUAGCUCUUCGCGCAACCAAAUUCAUAUUCGAUCUUGCUUUGCAGUCGGAACCCGCAUCUUUACCUCAUAUCGAGGACCUUCUGUCUUCGCUUAGACAGUCUCAAGCUCCCCAGACGAGAUCACAAACUCGCGCUAAUGUUAAACGGAAGAGGAGCCCGAGUCCUGUCCUGGAAUCCCAGAAGAAGGUCACAAUGCAAAACACACCAUUACCCUCACUUUUUAUCGAGGGAAUGAAUGAAGAUCAAAUAUGGCAGCAGCUGGACCUUAGGGCUGCACCUCUUUGCAGUAAUCUCCAGCUGUUAGAGGGCGAGACUGAAGACGGCAUGGAGUUGUCAGACGGGAUGUACAAUGAUCAAGAAGAUGAGGAAGCUGAAGAAGUGUCAGAAGAAAGUGAAGAUUCUGGGGACAUAGAGCACAUGGACGAUUCCGAAGAAGACACCGGGGGGGAAGAAGAAAUGACUGACCUUCGCGAGGAAGGGUCUGAAGACGAGGAGGACGAAUCAGAUUAUCAUCCAUCUCUUCUUGACGUCAACGCAAACCCCUCUUCAAGACGUGGAGCCACAAAAAGAUCCAAUUCAAACCUCGACGACGAUUUCUUUAGUCUUGACGCAUUCAAUCGUGAAACGGAACAGGCCGAAGCAGCUGCUGUUUCCCAUGGCCGACUCGGACGAGAUUCGGAUGAAGAUGAGUCCGACGAUGAAGGUGACAGUAUUGACCUCUUCAGGCCGAUAGACGAUAGUCAGGGCCCUGAUGACAAUGCUUCAGAAGACGGCGCGGAACCGCUCUAUAAAGAUUUCUUCGAUGCUCCCAGAGGCUCGAACACUACUACGAAAGUUUCCUCGAAGUCGAAAGUGCGAUUCAGUGAGCAGGUCAGAGUAAAAAGUAUCAAGGCAAAGGGCAAGGGCCUACCAGUGUCUGGCUUGAUGGAGGACGACGAUUCCGACGAUGAGAGCGGGCUGCAGAUGCACUUCGAAGAUUCGGACGAAAUCAUGAUGGACGCCGAGGUUGAAGAGCCAUUAGUAGAUGAGUCUGAGUAUGAAGACGAUGACGAUGACGAAGACGAAGACGAAGACGAAGACGAAGAAGGUCGCACUACUAUUGAAAGACUGAAGGAUGACUUAUUUGCGGAGGAAGAUGAAUUAGAUUCCAAUAUGACCACGUAUGAAAAACGUAUGGCAGCACUGCAAGCACAGAUCAAGGAGCUCGAGGCAGAGAACGUCGCUAAGAAGGAUUGGACGUUGAUGGGAGAAGCCACCUCAAAAUCCCGACCUCAGGAUUCUUUGCUGCAAGAGGAUCUAGAGUUCGAACGGACGAUGAAAGCGGUACCCGUUAUCACUGAAGCUGUUGUUCAAGGUCUCGAAGAGCGAAUAAAAGCUCGUAUAAAGGACGGCCGAUUCGAUGAUGUUGCGCGGAUUCGCGCUGUCGACGAUAAGCCUUUUCUCCCGUCGCGAUUCUUCGAGCUCCAGGACACCAAGUCUUCCCAGUCACUUGCUCAGAUCUACGAGGAUGAGUACGUCGCUGCACAGAAUGGUGCUACUGGGGGUGACGACAGAGAUGGUCGGCUCAAGAAGGAGCAUGACGAAAUUACGAAACUCUGGGAUGGCAUAUGCAGCAAGCUUGAUGCACUUUGCAACGCGCAUUACACUCCAAAAGCGCCGAAAGCCAGUAUAUCGACAGUCUCCAACAUUUCCUCAGCUACUUUGGAAUCGGCACUUCCUACCAGCAAAUCCACGUCUUCUAUGCUUGCUCCGGAAGAGAUUUUCAAAACGGCGUCUUCUGAUCCCCGCGCUCGUAGUGAGCUUACACCGGCGGAAAAGCGAAACCUACGCGCAAAGGAAAGAAAAGCGAGGAGGAAGACGCGGGACGCUCUCGACAAGAGUGUUGAUAAGUAUGCCAAAAUGAAAGGCGUAAAAAAACAAAAGGACGCAGCUCUGAAGAACGUAAUAAAGUCGGGUAAAGGUGUCACGGUGGUUGGCAAGAAACCCAGGGACGUUUUGAAGGGCAGAAGUGCCACUGGCAGGGGGAAGAGUUAGCACUUGUGAACAAGGUCACGUGGCUGUGCCGCCGCAGUUCCACUUUAGUUUAAGAAGAUGGGUUAACUGGUUA